AUGUCGGAAGACCUGUCCUUUGAGCUUCCAGAUGGCCGGCGGAGGACCAAGAGGUUAUCUUUGAGGAGGACGGUUUUGUCACGAAGCUCGCGAGAAGCCAUCAAGCACGGCACCAGCGGAUUUGGUACCGAGGCGCAAAUCUUUGGCAGGUCUUGGGAUUUCCAGCUAGAAGAUCUACCCAUCGAUGGUAGGCUGGAAGUCUGGCAUGGCGCCAAGGAUCGCAAUGUUCCGAUCACGAUGGCUGAUCAAGCAGUCAAGCUGAUGCCCGGUGUUGAGUACUCCAGAUUUGAGGAAGAGGCUCAUCUGACUUUGUCCAUGAAGCACUUGGAGGAGAUUCUGGACUCAUUGCUCAGCAAGUUGGAGAAUUGA